UUAAUACAAUCUCUAGUUUUGCUAAAGAUUUUGCUAAUACAAUAAUAAUAAAUUUACAAAAUACAGCAUUAUAUAAUACUAAGUGUAUUUUUGAUUUUAAACAAGUUCUAACAACUAUGCAACAAAUAAGCACCUUUAGUGAAAUAAAAAUUAAAUAUCUAACUAAAUAUUAUGGGGAGGAUCAAAAUGAAAAUA